AUGCGAAAAGUCACCGAGUCGCGAGGAAACUCGCGGUUCGGAUCCAUCGUGUACAAGACGCAGGAGGGUCUCGAAGCUCCCUUGCUGAGCGAUGAAAUGGCGGUGGGAAGAGGCGACUCGGACUCAGACACCUUUUAUGGGAAGGAUGUUGAACGCGCCGCGGCCAGGGUUGGCGGCGCGGGAGAAGCGGAGCGCGCGAAGGGAAUAAGAGGCGAGGAGUACCGGCGGAUCGAACAUAGGGGAAACAGCGGGUUUAUCGACAGCGUAUUUAACGGCAUUAAUGUUCUCGCAGGCAUCGGCAUUCUCUCAACACCAUACGCCACGGCGCAAGCGGGCUGGCUGGGUCUUCUCGUGCUGCUCUUGUCUCAACAUCCCCUCCUUCCGCCUGCAUCCCCCCACCGACCCCUUCCCUCCCCCACAGGCAUCGGCAUCCUCUCAACACCAUACGCCACGGCGCAAGCGGGCUGGCUGGGUCUCCUCGUUCUUCUCUUCUUCGCCGCCGCCUGCUGCUACACCGCCAUUCUGCUGCGCCGAUGCAUGGACUUCCAACCAUCACCACAUGCCUCACCGUCCGAUUCCUCCCUCCGCUCCUUUGCGGACGACCCCGCCGCUCCUCCUGCGCGCGCCUCCGCCCGCGCUUCCCCGCGCAUCGUGCGCGCGCCGCGCCCCAUCCGCUCGUACCCGGACAUUGGGGAGGCGGCGUUCGGGCGCGCGGGGCGGUGGCUAACCGCGUUUCUGCUGUAUUUUGAGCUAUACGCCGUGACUGUAGAGCUGUUGAUUCUAGAGGGGGACAAUCUCGCGCAUCUGUUCCCGUCCGGUGAUAUUUGUCUGCUUCCGGGGAGCCUGGUUGGGAAGGGGAGCAGUGGAGGGGUGGAGAGUGGUGGAGUGUGGUUCCUGGAAGGAAUAGCACGAGGAGUGGUGGGAGGGGGAGGAGGAGAGGGGCAAAGUGAAGGGUUGUUUGGAGCAGCAGCAGCAUUGUCAUCAGCGGUUGUAAGGGGGAUAGAACCAGCAUUAGAGGCAAUAUCGUUAGCUACAGGAGCAGGCAACCUAUGCCUAGAACCGAAGCAGUUCUACGUCAUUCUAUCCGCGUUACUAGUCCUCCCCACCGUGUGGCUAAGAGACCUCAGCCUUCUGGCUUAUAUCUCAGCAGGAGGUGUACUGGCAUCCCUACUUUUAGUCUUCGGCGUGGGAUGGCUUAAAGAGGUUGACCAUAUCGGGGAUAUUCCAGGCGGGAUCAGCAGCACCACGGAAUGGUUCAAACCCAUGGGGUUACCAGCAGCAGCCGGUUUAUUCGGGUUCUGUUUCUCUGGGCACGCGGUCGUGCCGAAUAUUUACCGAUCGAUGAAAAAACCCGACCAUUUCACACCAGUCAUGCUCGUGAGUUUCGUAGUGUGCACUCUGCUUUAUGGCGGGAUGGCUCUUAUGGGGUACGCCAUGUUCGGCGCAUCAGUCCAAUCGCAGAUCACGCUUAACUUGCCGCCGGCACUUAGUGCUUCCAAGGCUGUGGUGUGGACUACAGUGGUGAAUCCUUUUACUAAGUUCGCGCUUACCCUGCUGCCGAUCGCGCUGGCUUUAGAGGAAACACUCCCCACAGCCCACCCGCACUCUCUCCCUCACUCGGACUCGCAUUCUCACUCACACUCGCAUUCUCACUCUACCCAAGAGGGGGGUGUGUCUUGCGAAGCUUAUGGGUGGGCCGUGGAGGGAAGGGGGGAGGCUGGGGUGGGGGGAGGUGGUGGGGGUGAUGGGGUUGUUCCUGAUUGGCCUGCUGGCUGCUGCGUCAGGGACGUUCUAUGCUGUGAGGGGGAUUACAGACGAGUGGUGAUGGGUGGACUGUCCUAG